AUGGCAUAUUCAGAAGGAUUUUUUCGCCACUGGUCUGAUCCCUUUUGUCUGCGUGUCGGUGUAUCUUCAGUUUCUUUUUUGCUUCUCUGGUUGUUUGUGACAGAUAUUGAAGUUCCUCCAAAUGUAAGAGAAGAUGAGAGCCCUCCGAAUCAAAGCACACGAAGAACGGGUGUCCUGGAAGAAUCAGAGCAUCUACAAGUAGUUGUCGAAACUGAUGGAAGGAGAAAUAGUUAUGCACACAGAUUGUCGGCGAUUCUCGGAGGCGGAGGAGAAGGUGAUGAUUCCGGCGCCGGAGACGGCGGAGUUGUAGAAGCCAUUGACGAGGCUAUUAGAAUCCUGGGCUGUCUGAGGGAGUGCGAAUUAAAGACGGAAUCUGAAGCUUCGUGUUCUUCGGCGUCGUCAUAUUCGUCUCCGGUUGAUGUGCCGAAAGAGUUCAUCUGUCCGCUAUCGAUGAAGAUCAUGAGCGAUCCUGUAGUCGUUGCAACUGGGCAGACAUAUGAACGACUGUAUAUCCAGAAGUGGCUGAAUGAAUGUGACCGGACAUGUCCAAAAACCAAAGAAGUCCUCUCCCACACGAUUCUUACUCCGAACCAUUUGGUCCGUGAUUUGAUCUCGAAAUGGUGUCUGGAUUACGGAUUUGAUCUGCCAAAACCUGCUUCCGACACCGAUGAAGCCCCCCGUGAGUUGGACCGAGACCUUCUCGAGUCUUUACUUCAGAAGAUAUCCUCUUCCUCUGUUUCCGAUCAGAAAGAAGCGGCAAAGGAAUUACGCAGAUUGACCAAGCGGAUCCCCUCUUCCCGUCUCUUUUUCCUCAGGGAACGUCCUGAUUCACUCUCCCAGUUGCUCAGUCAGCUCCAUUCAAACGACCCUAUAAACUCGAACCCCGAGCUUCAAGAAGAUCUUAUCACAACUGUAUUCAACCUUUCGAUUCCCGAGGAGAACAAAAGCCUUAUUGUGGAAAACCCGAUUGCGAUUCCUAUGCUGGCGAGAUCAUUGACCCAUGGGACGAUGGAGACUCGAAGAAACGCUGCUGCAACUUUCUCCUCUCUGUCUACCACCGAUUCUAACAAGCUCAUCAUCGGAAGCUCGGAAGCAUUAAUUCCCCUUAUAAUUCUGAUCGAAGAGGGUGACUCAUUGGCCAUGAACGACGCCGGUGCAGCGGUUUUCAACCUCUGUACUGUACUGGAGAAUAAAAAGAAGGCCGUACAAGCCGGGGCAGUUCCAGUACUAACCAAAAAGAUCAAAGAUGGAGUUUUUGUGGAUGCAUGGAUUUCUAUUCUGGCAUUGCUCUCUUCCCAUCGACAGGCCGUGGAAGAAAUGGUCAGACUCGGGUUCAUGUCCGAUCUGUUCGGCAUCAUGAGGAAGCCGAGCUGCCCGCUGAUGAAAGAGAACGCUGUUGCGAUAAUCUUCAGCAUUUGCGAAAAAGACAGAUCUCAGCUGAAAGCCGUCCGUGAGGAGGAAAACCGGAACGAUACGCUGACGAACAUUGCGGUGCAGGGAACCGAUAGGGCGAAGAGAAAAGCAAACACCCUUCUGCAGAAGCUGAAGCGAACGGCCGGUUCUUAUGAUCCACACACGGCGUGAAAACAAAAACUGGGUAUUUUUUCCAUCUUCCUGUACAGAUAUUAGUAUAGUUUCAUCUAGUCGAUACGUAUAGUUGGACCGAAAAAUGGAGAUUGCUCUUAGGGAGCGAAAGAGAAAGGAUGUACAUUGGCAUUGCCUCUUGGUAGAAGGAGAACCGAUGCCAAAGGCGCAAAGUUUUGA